AUGGCUGAGUCCCAGCUGGAGUGUAUGGAAGACGGCCGGAUCGGGGAGUCGGUUCCCGAAUCCAGACCCGAGUUUUAUUACAGUGAGCAGCAGAGAGUCGCUCUGGAGGAGCUCCUCAAAGACGGAGACGGCGCGUUCAAGACGCGGCUGCGCGAGGACAACUUCAAAGACUUUCUGUCUGCGCGAGAGCUCAAAACCAUCCAGAACACUUUCGUGGAGUAUAAGACAGACGAGAACAAGGCCGCGGUGGGUGCGGACUCGGUCUCGCUGCGCUCCACUUACUGGCCGCAGCUGUCCGAUAUUGAUGUCCCCACGCUGGACAUGGGCUGGCCGUCAGGAGGCUUCUUUAGAGGGGUGACGCGCGUUACCGUGCACACGCACCCGCCCAAAGCCAACGGGCCGCACAUUAAAGAAGUGGUGCGGAGGUUGAUCCAGGAGGCAACUAAGGUCAUCGGUAUUGUAAUGGACCUUCUGACAGAUCUCCAGAUUCUGCAAGAUCUUUUAGACGCUUCAUUCAAGCGCAAUGUAGCUGUUUAUAUUAUACUGGAUAAUGCAGGCAUGCCACACUUCCUUGAUAUGUGUACCAGACUACAGGUUAAAUCUCAUCAUCUUCAGAAUGUCCGUACUCGAACAGUAAGGGGUCUUGGAUUGGACAUGGCGCUCGGAAGGAUCCCUGGGAGUUUAUGCCACAAAUACAUGAUUGUAGAUGGUGAUAAAGUCAUGUUUGGCUCUUACAGCUUCUCAUGGAGUUCUUCCCGUAUGGACCGGAACAUGAUUACCGUAAUGACGGGUCAGAUUGUCGACAUCUAUGACCAGGACUUUAGAGAACUUUACGCUAUCUCGGAUGAACUGGAUCUGUUUAAGGAGUUCAGCAUCAGUAAAACGGGCACAAUGUCAUCACUCCGAGCACCCGUACCCAUACCCAGACGACCCUCUUUAACCGGCAGAUCCCGCUUCCAAGUGAGCCUCGGAGACGCAGGCACCCUGAAAAUUCCCGCUCACAAAUACCACAAUCCCAAAUAUCUGCUCGCGUUUGGAAAACUCCCUGAUGAUAACAGCUACUUACAGGAUAUGAUUAAUAAGAUGGAACCGGAGAAAGCUGAUGAAAACCCGCCCACAGAGGUGACGACGUCACAGGCUGGCAGUAAGAGAUCAGACUCAGAACUUCCACUGCCAUCUUCAAAGAAGGCACCUAGCAAAAAGUUUACUUUUAAAAUGUUUUCACGAAAGUCCAAAAAAGGAAGUAAAAGGGAUGGAAAUGAAGCAGGACAGGGGGAAGAACCUGGUCCCUCUACUAGAAAUAAGAUGGCAAUGCGCAAUGACAUAGAAACCAUUACUGAGAACCCAGAGGAACCGACUGUAGAGCCAGUGGAAACCGCAAAAGCAAAGGGGAAGAAGCCAAAGAAAAAAAGCAAAUCACCUCAAACCGACAACAGCCAAGAAAAUCAAGAUUUGCCGGAAAAUAAAAACUCAAAGAGGGGCUGUGUUCAGUCCUAA